UAAAAAAAAAAAAAAAAAAAACAUAAUCUGAAGCAAAAAAUGGCACUCGCCCUUUCUUCCCAGAACGGAGUUCUCCGUCCACCGGUUCCCUUGUCUAGCCGCCGUCCUAUCCAACCCGCCGUCACUCUCUUUUUUCCAGUUCAAGAACCUCUAAAAUCUUUCUCUAUUCCCUUUGACAAUCCCAAGAAGCCUCUCUGUUUCUACACCAAACAACAUUCUAGGCUUAGGGUUUUGGCCUCGCUAUCCUCACAAUCUUCACAAAUCACCACUCUAUCUCCUUCCACCGAGUCACAACCCUUACUCACUGGUUCAACACGGACUAUCACAACUAUCUUAACCCUCGCUUUCUCUCUCUCUCGAGUAUUCCUAACUUCCAUUCAGAAAUUCGCUGUAUCAGUUGCCGGCGCUUCAUUUUUUCCUAAUCUCAAUGGAUUGGCGACUAUACGAGGUCUACAAGGCGACCUGGUUAACUCAGUUGGUCCGCUUUUCUUCGCUUCCCUCAAGGACCGUCCAAGCGGGUACUUGAAUACGCCUCUGACGGUGGUGGCAGCCGGUUUGGCUAAAUGGCUUGAUAUAUACAGUGGGGUUUUGAUGGUUAGGGUUUUGCUUAGUUGGUUUCCUAACAUUCCUUGGGAUCGCCAGCCAUUAUCGGCUAUCAGAGACCUUUGCGAUCCAUACUUGAACUUAUUUAGGAAUAUAAUUCCUCCUAUUUUUGAUACUCUUGAUGUGAGUCCGCUUCUUGCUUUUGCGGUUUUGGGUACGCUCGGGUCCAUUCUCCAUAGCAGUGGCGGAGUGUAUUGAAGAGCAGUGAUGGAUGAUACGAGGGCAUUUUUAUUAAGUAAUAAUUUUGAAGUUCAUAUUCAUGUUAGUCUUCUUUUGGAAUUGGGGGUUUAGUGGUUUUAGUAUUUGUAAUACUGAAACUGAUCAGUUUGGUUCAGAUAUAUAAAUUUUGGAAAGUUUAUUUGUUAAAGAAUACUCUAUAAUGAUUUUAUAAGUGGAUUGCUGCAUAUGCUUUAUUUGCU